AUGAAAUAUCAUGGACCUCAAUCUUCAGACAAUUGUGAAUAUGGUGAUGUUUCUAAUCAGUCUUCAAAUCUCACUCAACAGCAGAGUAUUCAGAAUCCGCACAAAAGUUACAAGUGUAAGCAAUGUGAGAAAGCCUUUACUAACUCAUCCAGUCUAAGUAGACACAGGAAAAUUCAUUCAGGAUGGAAACCUUUCAAAUACACAGAGUGUGGCAACACCUCUAAGCAGAAUUCAGAGCUUAGUCAAGAUCAGCAAAUCCACAUGGGCAAGAAACCUUAUGAAUGUAAAGAAUGUGAAAAAGCAUUUAUGUGUUACUCAAACCUUAGUCAACAUCAGCGCAUUCACACUGGGGAGAGGCCUUAUAAAUGUGCAGAGUGUGGCAAAGCCUUUAAUCAGAAGUCAUAUCUUAGUGAUCACCAGAGAAUUCAUACUGGAGAGAAACCUUAUAAAUGUAAAGAAUGCGGAAAAGCCUUCAGUCGCUGCUCAACUCUUACUCAACACCAGCGAAUUCAUACUGGAGAGAAGCCUUAUAAAUGUAAAGAAUGUGGAAGAGCCUUCAGUUACUACUCAGCUCAUCAUGAACACCAGCGAAUUCAUUCUGGAGAGAAGCCUUAUAAAUGUAAAGAAUGCGGAAAAGCCUUCAGUCGCUGCUCAACUCUUAUUGAACACCAGAGAAUUCAUACUGGGGAGAGGCCUCAUAAAUGUGAGGAUUGUGGCAAAGCGUUUAGACAGCAGUCAUGUCUUACUACACAUCAAGUAAUCCAUACUGGAGAGAAAUCUUAUAAAUGUAAAGAAUGCGGAAAAGCCUUCAGUUACCGCUCAACUCUUACUCAACACCAGAGAAUUCAUACUGGAGAGAAGCCUUAUAAAUGUAAAGAAUGUGGAAAAGCCUUCAGGUACCACUUAACUCUUACUCGACACCACCGAAUUCAUACUGGAGAGAAGCCUUAUAAAUGUAUAGAAUGCCGGAAAAGCCUUCAGGCACCUUUCCCAGAAAAGGCAAGUGGGGUUCUCACUGUGGUUCCUGAGUUAUUGCUGGAGACUGGCAGCGUCACCACAAAAGAUUUAGAGGCAAAUGAUGUUGUGCGCGUCUGGAUGCGGGCUCAGGCCAAAGAGCACUGCAACUGCGAGGGAAGAGGGCAUGAGCACAACCUUUCUGACAAGAAUGACAUUGCACAAGCGUAUAAUGAUGGUUUCGAUGCAAAAGAUAAGGAGAAGAUUGUAAAGGAAUUAAGCAUUUAUUAG